AUGAUAGACGGCACAAAACUACGUAGCUCGCUCACCAAGGUGCGCGUGCCGUAUCUCCGUGACCUUAGCAACCAAUUGGAGGCAAACACUCUUUCUCCUGAGGACCAGCCGCUCUUGCUCGCCUUUUGUUUAAGAUCCUACAGCCAUUACCAGGAUAGUCAAAGUAGAUCCCAAGUGGCCAAUAUCGUCCGACACUUCAUCGCCUUGGGCCACCACCAGAAGGUCCUUGGAUUCAUUGCUCCCAUCGCCGAGUCCGACAAGUCCAUUGCUUUGACCGACUUAUUGACGUUGUUGACCUGGUGUUCUCUACUUAUCGAACAGGUCCCUAUGAAAAAUGACCCCAAAUUGCUACAUGUGUGGGCCAGAGUCCUCGAUAUGUGUUUAGAGGCAUCCCACAAUCACGGCUCCAGAGAUAAGAGAAUCUUCAGGUCCAUUGUUGCCAAUACAAAACUCACCUUGUCAAAAGUGUUAACCAAAGACCUCAUUGACUGGUUUAUCUCCAGUGACUUCGACCUUAAUCUUGUGUCGCUCGUGGUGGCUACGUGUGUCGACUUGCAGCCGACGUCUCCCGAGUUGCACUACCACUUGGCUACAAAAGACACCGAGAUUAUCGAACAAUUUAACAGCCUCAUCACCGCAUCGUUUCCUAAAGUUCCAAACUCUUACUCCUUGGAAUUGUUUGGCGCCUUCACCGACGAAUUUGUCAAUGCCACCAAUGCAACUGACUUAUUGACGCCCUUUGAAAAGCUUAUCAUGAAGAACUCGGAACUUUCGUUGGGCUAUUUGAUUCCUAGGAUUCUCCAGAACAUUAACCAUCCACCUGUCAAACAGGCCAUAAACGAUAGUAAGUUUAUCGCCAAGGUCUUGAACGGGUUGAAAAACACCAAGGAAACUGUCCGAAGUGAGUGUUACAACAUGUUGGUGCGUUUGGGCUUUUCGGACUACAGAGCCUUAAUUGACUUGGCCAAGACUGCCACAGUGGACUCCAAGGUCUUGAUCUACAAGUUGGUUGCCCAUGUAGAUUUCGACAACAAGGAGCUGUUGUUGGACGCAUUGGUGCCGAUAAUAAAAAAAGAUAUGAAUGAACAGACGUUAACACACUUGAUCCAGGCAUUUGUUACCAACUACUUCAACUCUGAGUUCGCUCCCACGUACCAGGCUUUGGUCAAUGAUGGAUCCAAGAACAAGAAACCCAACUUGAGGAGCUUGUGGUUCACGGCCAUCGGGAACUUCCUCGAGGCCAAUCCCAAGUUCAACGAUGUGAAGAAAGUCGAAUCCUUGGAUUUUGCAGCCACCAUCAGCGAGUUCCUUGCUUCACCUUUGAUCCUCGUCAACAGCAAAGGUGUUUCCUGCAUUUUCGUCUCUAUAUAUAUCAUCAAGAAAUUCGACUUGCCGGUGGAUUUGGACAAGGUAUUUGUGAACGACAAGAUUCACGUCAUUUCCAUUAAGAUAUUCAGUAAGUUAACUGAACCGAAUGAUCUUAGUUGGGGUGCUAAACUCUUGGAAAUCGUGGGGCCUGACUUCCACAAAGACGACUAUGGGUUCUGCUGGUUGUACUUGUUGGCAUCGUCCAAUGCUCCACUGUUAUCCAGAAACCACUGUUUAUCUGUGGUCUCCGACUCACAAACCCGCGAGAAGAUAGCUGGAACGUUGAUCGAUUCAACAUUUGACUACCUUGUCAAAGCUGAUACUCUUUCAGCCACCGACGACUUGAACCUAGACUAUAAACACACCUCGAAUGUGUUGAAGAAGUUGAUCAGAAUCAACAACUCACCCAAAUUAACGUUGGUUGCAAAUUACGAACCGUUCAAAAUUAAAAACGGGUGGAUCGGCUUGACCCUGUUGAUUUCUUUGCCCAUAGAACAGUACAUCACCGAGAAUUUCACCUCAAUCUACCAAUUGACGUUGGAGAUCUUGGAUACCCAGCCCACCGACUCACCUAUUUACAGAAGUGCUAUUGUCACCAUGGGUCAGUUGUGUUUUGUGGUGCCUAAGCUCAUUAUCCCCCAAUUGAUAUCUUCCUUCAAACACGAGUUGGACUUCCACAUCGACGAUCUCACGUUUAAGAUCUGGCAGAACGACUCGGAGUUCCCGGUGGUGAAUGUAUUGAAGAACUCAAAGCUCGAGUUGAAUAAGAACUCCAAGGACUACGAAACCCAGAAGUGGGAAAUGGACUUGCGCCAAGAGUUGAAGAAGGUGUCCAAAGAAGACCAAAAGUUGGUUAACCAGCAGAAAGCCAAGGAAGACCUUAUCAAGCGAGACACCCAGACCAAAGUCAACAACUUGAUCAAGGACUUCAACAUCAUCAACGAGUUGGUCGAUAUCUCGAAGAACUUCAACACCGACAUUGAGACCUGGUUCCCCAGCUUGAUGACCAUUUUGACUGGGUUGUUUGAGAACUUUGACUUGAUCAACAGAGUGACCUGCAACUUGUUUUCCACCACGUUCAUACACUUAUCAACGUGCAUUUGGUCCAACUUUGACCUUAGUUUCAAGCAGAUCUUGUUCAGAAUCAAGUUCCUUUCGGACCAAAUGACCUUAGACUUUGUUUCCAUGUCCUAUUUGUACCCAAUGUUAAUCAAGAUCUUGAGCAUUGGCUACGACGUGGCUGUCAAAUCCUCCAAGCUUGUGACAACGUCCGAGUUUGUGAAUGAAGACCCGAAGGAAGAACAACUUCUUUUGGCCAUUGAGAUCCUCAACAGCCAUGCGGAGAUUUUUGCUAGUGAGCUCAUUCCUAGGUACGACAUCUUGAACCUCAUCUUGAAGUUAAUCAAAUUGCCUUCCAAGCUGAAGAUGGCCAAGGACUGUUUUAUGUCGGUGUGUUCCAACAUUUCUUUGAACUUUGAAGUACCUGAUUUGAAGAUAUUGCUUGAUAGUUUGAUCACUUCUGAUGUCAAUACCAAACUCACCAUUUUGGAAGUGCUUGAUCUGGAGUUCGAGUUGCCCAUGGACACCUGCAACGAGAUCUGGAUCACUCUUCACGAUAAUGAGGAUCGUAUUGCCAGUGUAUCUCAAACCAUCUGGAGUGAGAACAGCUUCACUAUUACCGAAGUCACUCCUUUCGAGAUCUUGGAGUCUUUCUCCAACGAACAAGACUCAGGGUUGAGAUUGUCAAUCGCAACCUCUAUCUUUGACUCUGUGAAAGGAUUCGAACUGGGAAAAUUGGAUGAAUUCUUGCAGUUUAUGUUCAGUUUCUACGAUACUCACUCCAAACCACCACCCCCCAAGUUGGAUGAGUUUGGGUUGGUUAUCAAGAGCUCAGUCACCAACAUAGACCAAUGGGAAAUGCGAUCCACUGUGGCCUUGACGUUGAAGUUAAUGACUCCAUUGUUCAACGAUGCCCAAAUCGCCCGGGUGUUUAAGUUCUUGAUCAAUGAAAAGGCCUUGAACGACAAAAACGAAUUAGUACGCCAGGAACUCCAGGACUCGGGUAUAGAGAUCAUCAGCUACUUCAGUUUGGACCACUUGGAGAGUUUGGUGCCCAUCUUUGAGAGUUCCCUUGAAACCAUCACUGAUAAUAACAUCAAAGAGUCCAUCAUCAUCUUGUAUGGAUCCUUAGGAAAACACUUUGAUUCGAGUGACAACAGAAUCAACAUCAUCUUGGACAGAUUAAUCGUGACUUUGAAGACCCCGAGUGAAAAUGUCCAGAUUGCCAUUUCCAAGUGUUUGGCAUCCUUGGUGCAUUUGUUCGAGACAAAAUUCUUGCGAGCCUACGUCGACAGACUCUUUGACGACUUGUUUGACGUAUCCCAUGAUGUGAGCACCAGGAAAGGUGCUGCUUAUGGAAUUGCCGGGGUGGUGAAAGGAUUGGGUAUUAAAGCAUUGCAAGAUUUCGAUGUAAUGAGAUUAUUGGGGGAUGCCGUUGAAGACAAGAAGAGCACUAUCAAAAGAGAGUCUGUUUCUUUGGCUUACGAAUGCUUGUCUUUCACGUUGGGUAAAUUCUUUGAACCUUACGUGAUUGAGAUCUUGCCCAACCUCUUGAAGUCAUUGGGAGAUCAGUCGGCAGAAGUUAGAUUGGCCACAGACAGAGCUGCUAAGAUCAUCAUGUCAAACACAACGAGUUUUGGCGUCAAGAAGUUGAUUCCUUUGGCUAUUUCCCACUUGGACGAGACUGCUUGGCGGUCCAAGAAAGGGUCUGUUGAACUUUUGGGUUCAAUGGCCUACUUGGACCCAGCACAGUUGUCUUCUUCGUUGUCGAUAAUCAUUCCAGAAAUCGUGGGUGUCUUAAACGAUACCCAUAAAGAGGUCCGGAAAGCAGCAGAUCUCUCUCUUAAGAGAUUUGGGGAAGUCAUCAGAAACCCGGAAAUCCAAAGAGUUGUUCCUGACUUGAUCAAGGCCAUUGGUGAUCCUACCAGGCAUACCGAUGCGGCCUUGGACAAGUUGAUCAAAACCCAAUUUGUUCACUACAUCGAUGGCCCUUCAUUGGCAUUGAUUAUCCACGUCAUCCACAGAGGUAUGAAGGACCGGUCUGCAUCCACCAAAAGAAAGGCCUGUCAAAUUGUUGGUAAUAUGGCCAUUUUGGUGGAUACGAAGGAUUUGAAACCUUACUUGAACACCUUAAUACAAGAAUUGGAGAUUUCCAUGGUGGACCCCGUUCCUGCCACCAGAUCCACUGCUGCUAGAGCUUUGGGUUCUUUGGUGGAGAAGUUGGGCGAGGAACAGUUCCCAGAUUUGAUUCCUAAGUUGUUAGGAAACUUGCAAGAUGAAGCUAAAGCUGGGGAUAGGUUGGGUUCUGCUCAAGCAUUGGCUGAAGUUAUUUGUGGUUUAGGAUUAAGCAAGUUGGACGAGCUCUUGCCGGUGAUCUUAUCCAAUGCAAAGUCUUCCAAGAGCUUUGUCAGAGCAGGUUUCAUGCCGUUACUCUUGUACUUACCAGUAUGCUUCGGUUCUCAAUUUGCUCCAUACUUGAGUAAAAUUAUUCCUCCCAUCUUGAACGGUUUAGCCGACACAGACGAAGAAAUCAGAGAUAUGGCCUUGAGGUCAGGAAGGUUGAUUGUCAGAAACUACGCCAAGAUUGCCAUUGACUUGUUGUUGCCCGAAUUGGAAAACGGGUUGAACGAUGUCAACUACCGAAUCAGAUUGUCGUCGGUCGAAUUGACCGGAGACUUGUUGUUCCAAGUCACUGGAAUCUCUGGAAAGAACGAGUUGAUCGAUGGAGAGGACUUGGACACCAACAAUGGUGAAAUUAACAAGUCCUUAAUCUCGAUCUUGGGUAAGUCUCACAGAGAUACAGUGUUGGCAUUGUUGUUCAUGUGUAGAAGUGAUGUCAAUGGAAUUGUCAGAAACAAGGCUGUUGAGAUUUGGAAGGCUCUUGUGGCCAACACUCCUAAGAUGGUCAAGGAGAUCUUACCUGCUCUUGUGGAAGUCAUCAUCAAGAAGUUGGCAUCCGAUGAAGAAGUUGAAAAGACCAUUGCAGCCAAUACCAUGGGAGAAAUGGUCAAGAGAGUCGGGGCUGGCAACUCAUUAUCACAGGUUCUACCCAACUUGUUACAGUUAUUAGAGUCUGAUGAUGCCAACAUCAAGGAAGGUGUUUGUAUUGCAUUGACGGAGUUGAUCAAGUCCACGUCUGAGGAAGGGUUAAUUGAGUUCCAGGACAUAUUUAUUGAAAUAGUCUAUAAGACUCUUAUGGACGAAUCUGCCAAUGUCAGAAAUGCCUCUGCAGUGGCAUUUGAUACUUUACAAACCGAGUUGGGCAAGAAGGUCAUUGACGAAAUCAUUCCAAACUUAUUGAAUAAGUUGGAGUCCAACGAUUCCGAAUACGCUCUUUUGGCUUUACAAGAUAUCAUGUCGACCAAGUCUGAUGUGAUCUUCCCAAUCUUGAUCCCUACGUUGUUGUCUCCUCCCAUCGACAACUUUAAGGUGGGAGCCUUGAGUUCGUUGGCGUCAGUGGCUGGAAAUGCGUUAUACAGAAAGUUAACGUUGAUCAUCAACACGUUGAUGGACUUGAUUAUUGGUGCUGAUUCGGAAGACAACCGUGAUUUCAUCAAGAAGUCGUUGGACAAGAUCUUGGCUUCUAUUAAUGACCAAGACGGAGUCAACCCGUUGAUGCAGACAUUAUUGUCGUUGACCAAACACGAAGAUUAUAGAAAAAGAGCAGCUGUUUUCGAAAGAUUGGCAAUGUUCUUUGAAAACACAAACUUGGACUAUUCUGUUUACUUGGUGGACAUGGUGCAAUCGUUUAUCCUUUCUUUGGGUGACAAGUCUGCUGAAGUGGUCAAGGGAACGUUUGAAGCCUUGAGUGCGUUGAUCAAAGCCCAACCAAAGGAGUCACUUGAAAAGUUGGCCAAGCCCGCUCAGCAAUCAUUGAUGUUAACAGGAGUCAAAGGUGAAGAGUUGGAUGCCUUCAAGUUGCCCAAGGGCCCCAACUGUAUCUUACCGAUUUUCUUGCAAGGGUUGAUGUACGGUAACAGUGAACAAAGAGAAGUAAGUGCGAUGGGUAUUGCCGAUAUUGUGGAAAAAACUCCUGGAGAAAACUUAAGACCAUUUUCCACCGUGAUCACGGGUCCAUUGAUCAGAGUAAUCGGUGAAAAGGUCAACUCGAACAUUAAGGCCAGCAUUUUGAUGGCCAUCAACAACUUGUUGUUGAAGAUCCCACAAUUCUUAAGACCUUUUAUUCCACAGUUACAAAGAACAUUUGUACGGCUCUUGAGUGAUCCCAACAAUGACGAGUUGAGAAACCGGUCGGUGGAAGGGUUGGGAAUCUUGAUCAAGUUCCAACCACGUAUUGACUCGUUGAUUAUCGAGUUGAUCAGUGGCUGCAAAAAUAGCGAUGUUGAGGAAAUCAAGUUGACCAUGUUAAAGGCCAUUUUGGAAAUCGUUCAAAAGGCCGGUGAUAAGUUGAACGAGUCGAGUAAGCAGAAUAUCAUGAGUUUGAUUGAAGAUGAGUUUGCCAAUGUCAAGGGUAAAAUCAGCUUGCAGUAUGCCAAACUUUUGGGAACACUCUCCAAGAUCUUGUCAGUGGAGGAAACCGAAACCAUUGUCAAGACGAAGAUUUUGACCAAGGAUAGAGACCAAUUGAGGUUCUCGCUUAUUGGACUCAAUGCGUUCUUGAAGGAGUCGAGCUCCAAGUUGACGAGUCUAUUGGACCCCAUCACCGAGUUCUUAGUGUCCUCGAGCGACAUCCUCGACCCGUUCAUUGGUGACAAUUCCGCCAUGGCCAUCGGCAAACUCUUGUUGUGUGAAGCAGAGCUUUCACAGGACCAGGCCAGCCGGUUGGUGUACCAGUUGUGUAAGUUGAUUUCGAAUCCCGAUGUACUUGUGGAUACCAAGCGUAUUUCCAUCAUUGUGUUGAGAACGGUUGGCAGAUUGAAGUAUGACUACCUUGAAAACAACUUAGACCUUGUGAUCCCGGUUGUGUUCAACCAGGUGCGGUCGAUGGUGAUCCCAGUGAAGUUGGCUGCCGAAAAGUGUUAUUUGUCGGUGUUGAAGCUCACUGAAACAGAGCAGGUUUUCAACACUUGGUUUGACAAACAACCAGAUAAUAUCGAAGUUGCUGAGCUUGGCUUGAAGUUUAUUAAAAGAUCGAUAGGCGACUACACAAAGAGAGUGGCAGUGAGGUUGGCGAAGAUCGAGGUGGAGAGAAUUGAGCAGGGAGGAGACGAAGAGACGUUGUUUAGUGACCGAAUCGAGGACGAGCAGGAGAUCUGGUCGAUCGGGGGGAUUUAG